AUACAACCGUCGACGAUAUAUAUAAUGGUUGCGUUCGGGUAAUUUUUUUAAUUACGAUUCGCCCGGCUCUCUUAUCGUGCGUCGCAGGUCGUACAAUAAUCGCAAGAACUAGCAACGCAAACUUAACUUCCGAACGACUCGUAAUGCGUAAUUAGUGCAAUAUAUAAAGGCCUCGCGAACGCAAAUUACCUGCGAACAGUAUCGAGUACAGGGAGUGGCCCAACGAUUUUUGUGUCGAUUCACGUGGUCAACGUUGCGAAAACAUCACCGACAAUCGUGUGAUCGGUUAUUCGCACUGAUAAUAACUCUCGCGAUCGCGGCCAGUGAUAACAACAGUGGCGGAGGUCUCUUUUUGACCUCCUUUCGAGGUAGCUAAACCGACUAUAUUUCCUAUUUUCCGCAGAAAAAUGAAGAUCGUAGCGUUCGGGCUUAGCCUGUUCUGUAUCCUUGUCUGGGCAGUUAAGACGAACGGUGAUCAGUUGUCAUUUUGGUCGUACGUCGUAGCGGCAUUAAUGUUGCCGCUUUUACUUUUCCGUGCGUUUACUGGCUUAUAUGCGUACGUGGAACAUGACGCGUUUGGAUCUAAUAUGUUUGAAGAGUUCCUUGAAAAAUUGAAGACCAUAAUGCAAACCGGAAAUGACACGCUCGGAAUUCCGGUGCUUGAUCCAUUCAUCGCGGAUCAGGUCGGACCGAUCCUGAUUGACGAUGAAAUGAUAAAAUUGGACGCUCUUUUGACAAACGUCAAAGUGGACGGCCUGUCCGCAUACAAUGUCAACCAUGGUGACUUCAAGAUAAUUGGUAUGAAACUCAUGAUGAACCUUUCUUGGCCGUUGAUAGUCGCGAGUACAAAUUAUGCCAUGAAGGGUAAAGCCGACAAUUUUGAAAUUUACGGCAAUGGCGAAAUGGAAAUAUCCCCACAGGACCUUUCUUUCGAAACGGAAAUUGGUUUUACAAUGGACGGCAAAUAUCUUAAAGUGAGGAGCAUGGAAUUGAAGAUUUUCUUGAAAGCGCUUAAUUUUCACGCGACAGGUCUUUUCGACGAUGACGAAUUGUCCGAACUACUAAGCGCUGUAAUCUCCGAUAUGAUGCCUCAGCUGAUCGAGGAUUAUCAUGACACGAUUACAGGCAAACUUAUUCCUCUCGUCACGCAGAAGCUCAACGCUUUUCUGUCUACUAUGACGCUAGCAGAGCUAUUGAGAUUAAUAGGUCUUUAGUAUCAGUUUUUUUCGUCAUAAGUAUGUCAUUCUCACUGUCAUUCGAUCAAUCGUUUAUACAGUCGCGACACUUAAUCGAUUAAGCGAUGAGAUGUAUGAUAUAAUGCGUGUGAAUAGCAUGUAUUGAUAAUAUCAAGAAGAAAUAGAAAUGCAUACUAAUUACUGGAAAUUUAUAUUUUUUGAAUAAAUAUAGUUUUUAAAAUUGCUAACAAAAGUAAUAUAAUUAUUACCGUAAUUAUUAAUAAAAAAUUACAAGUGUGAGAGAAUAUUUUUUUUUCUUUUAUUGUAAUUUUUUUCUACCCUGCAUUAUUUUUGGCUACACACGACAUAUUAUCGUAUUAAAAAUUUUAAAAGAACAUGUCUUAUAAUGCAUGUCAAAAGGCGCGGAAAAAAGUGUACCUAUAUACUUCGUAUUAUCUAUAAUAUAUUAAUUCUAUACAAAAUUAUUCUGAGAAAACGUAUACGCAUAUAUUUUUUUACUCACUGUAUA